AUGGCCAACAAGCAGCUUCCCGCGCGUUUGAAGGAGUCGCUCGAGAGCACUAAAGUCGAGUACCGCCAACUCGGAAAGUCCGGACUUCGUGUUUCAGUUCCCAUCUUUGGCUGCAUGAGCUUUGGCGACCCGCGUACGAUUCCGUGGGCUCUGGGCGAGGACGACGCGCUCCCGCUGCUCAAGGCUGCCUACGAUCGAGGCCUCAACACUUGGGAUACAGCCAACGUGUACUCCAACGGUGCUUCCGAGGUCACCAUUGGCAAGGCGCUCAAGAAGUACAACAUCCCCCGGGAGAAGGUCGUUAUUCUGACAAAGUGUUUCUUUGCGGUCGGCGAGGAACCUGAGGCUCGGCAAUUCAACUUCCGCGAUGAGUUCAAUAAGGUGAAGGAUUACCAGAACCAGUUUGGUCUCUCCCGAGGUGCCAUCUUCAACCAAGUCGAAGCCUCGCUCAAGCGGCUUGAUACUCCGUACAUCGAUCUGUUGCAAAUUCACCGAUUCGACCCUCGGACACCCGUCGAGGAAACAAUGAAGGCUUUGCAUGACUUGGUUCAGUCUGGAAAGGUUCGAUACAUCGGUGCAAGCAGCAUGUGGGGAACCCAAUUCGCCCAGAUGCAGUUCGUCGCGGAAAAGAACAACUGGACCAAGUUUGUCUCAAUGCAGAACCACUACAAUCUUCUGUACCGCGAGGAAGAGCGGGAGAUGAACCGAUUCUGUGACGAUACCGGCGUAGGACUUAUUCCGUGGGCUCCGCUAUGCCGCGGUCAUCUCGCGAGACCUCCCGCAGACUUCGGCUCCACCUCGCGAAGCAAGGGCGAGAAGGAGGGACAGCCCGGAUCCCACGGGACGGUCGAACCGGAUCUCACAAUCAUCAAGAGAGUUAUUGAGGUCUCGGAGAAGCGCCAGUGGCCCAUGGCGCACGUGGCUCUAGCAUGGAUCAACAAGCGGGUUACCAGCCCCAUCAUUGGCUUCAGCAGCGUCGAGAGAAUCGACCAGGCCAUUACGGCGGACGGGAAGGUUCUUACCGAAGAGGAAGAAAAAUAUCUAGAGGAACUGUACCAGCCCAAGGCCAUUGCUGGUCACAUGUAA